CUUGAUUUAAGCUCUUUUGUGGGCGAGAUAAAAAUGUUAACAUGACCAUAAACAAAAAUAACCCGGGAGCGCCAGAGAAGUCCGUCUCUUCGUCUUAGACUUUAACGGGGAUGUAUGACAUCACAACGUAUCUACGACGACCUUCGGUUCUGGUACAACACAAUUCUACUCUCAAAUAAGAUGGCACCAUUGACCAUGCUGUCGCACAUCAGACGGGCAUUCUGCACAAGGACACACAGUUUGCAAACCGGUAGCAAAGCAUCGCUAACGAAAGUGUUUACAGCAGAAGAAGUGAAGACAUUUUCCGAGAUCAGUCAAGACAAAAAUCCUAUUCACAUCGAUCCAGAAUAUGCUGCAAAUACUAGAUUUGGGAAAUGUAUUGUCCAUGGCGUUUUAUUAAACGGUUUACUGUCAGCGGUGUGUUCCACCAAGUUGCCAGGACCGGGUGCUGUAUACCUGUCUCAGGAAUUAAGAUUUGUGGCUCCAGCUUUCAUAGACCGGUCUGUCACAGCUGAGGUUGAAGUACUGAAUAUUGAAAGACUGGUCAUGACUUUAUCAACAACUGUUCGAGAAACUGAGACACAGAAGGUUCUGAUGGAAGGAUCAGCCAGGCUUAUGAUACCAAAGCAUUUGGCUAGGGGGAGGUAACCCUUGUGAACUUGGCUCAGGAAAUCUCUGAGAAAUUGUUUUGUCUAUCAGACUCCCCUUGCUACAACUCUGCAUGAGUUCUUAUCUAGGAAUUUGCCGUAUGGUUUUAUUUACUGGACAAAACUUACAGUUGCAGUGUUUGGGUGAAAAAAGAUCUUCAAAAUGUACUUAUCCUCUAGUCCGGACUGUGUUCAAGAGCAAAUGAGAAACAUGUUGAAUGAAUAGAUAGAAUUAGCUGUUGAUGACAGAAAUGAGUGGUGAAAUGAUUCUGUUUUAGUUCUAGAGUUUAUCACAAGUCCCCUUUAUAUGGACCACUGAGGACACUUAGAUAUGAGAAAUAGUAAAAUGCAGAUAUUUACUACAUGUUGAAUUAUUUGACCUUUCUAUUUUUUUGGCCAGAUAUGUGCACGGUGUGAGAUUUUAGAAAGAUUUGUAACACCACGAUAUGUGCACGGUUAUAUAUUUUAGAAAGAUUUGUAACACCAGGAUAUGUGCACGGUUAUAUAUUUUAGAAAGAUUUGUAACACCAGGAUAUGUGCACAGUUAUAGAUUUUAGAAAGAUUUGUAACACCAGGAUAUGUGCACAGUUAUAUAUUUUAGAAAGAUUUGUAACACUAGGAUAUGUGCACAGUUAUAGAUUUUAGAAAGAUUCGUAACACCAGGAUAUGUGCACGGUGUGAGAUUUUAGAAAGGUUCGUAACACCAGGAUAUGUGAACGGUGUGAGAUUUUAGAAAGAUUCGUAACACCAGGAUAUGUGCACGGUGUGAGAUUUUAGAAAGGUUCGUAACACCAGGAUAUGUGAACGGUGUGAGAUUUUAGAAAGAUCCGUAACACCAGGAUAUGUGCACGGUGCGAGAUUUUAGAAAGGUUCAUAACACCGGGAUAUGUGCACGGUGUGAGAUUUUAGAAAUAUCCGUAACACCAGGAUAUGUUUUGCAUCAAAAGUUUGUGAAUGUUAUUGCCUUCCAUUUAGUUAUAAAUGACAUCAAUAAAUUUUAAAAUCAAUAAAAAAAA